AUGAGCGUUGGGUGUGUGAGGAACAUCAACAAACCCAUUUGAAAGAAGAGGAGAAAGGUCAAGAGAUGGAAGCCAGGAGGACGUACGGUCAUAUGAGGCCACCCGCUGAACGUCAAAGAAUGUCCGGAGUGGACAAGCCGUACAAAUGCAUGGAAUGUGGGAAGAGCUUCAUUAGCACCAAUGCUCUCAUAUUGCACGAGAGAACCCACACCGGGGAGCGGCCUUACGAGUGCGCCGAGUGCGGGAAGGGCUUCACGAUGAGCAGCGCCCUGACGUUGCACGAGAGGACCCACACGGGGGAAAAGCCGUACGAGUGCCUGGAGUGCGGGCGGUGCUUCAGCGAAGGUAGCAAACUGAUCAUCCACGGGCGGAUCCACACCGGGGAGAAGCCCUACAAGUGCAUGGAGUGUGGGAAGACCUUCUCGGUGAGGAGCGCCUUGGGUUUGCACCAAAGGACCCACACCGGGGAGAAGCCGUAUCAAUGUACAGAAUGCGGGAAAAGGUUCCGCGUGAGCAGCCACCUCACCUCCCAUCGGAGAACCCACACGGGCGAGAAGCCCUACAAGUGCGCCGUGUGUGGGAAGAUGUUCAGCGACAGUGGAGCGUGCACUAAGCACCAGAGAAUCCACACCGGGGAGAAGCCCUACAAGUGCAUGGAGUGUGGGAAGACCUUCAUUAGCAGCAAUUCCCUUGCAUUGCAUGAAAGAAUUCACACGGGAGAGAAGCCUUACAAGUGCACAGAGUGCGGGAAGAGCUUCAACCGGAGCGGGACACUCACGUCCCAUCAGAGGAGGCACACGGGAGAGAAGCCCUACACCUGCGUGGAGUGCGGGAGGAGCUUCAGCGACAGCGGGACCUGGGUGAGGCAUCAACGGACCCACACCGGGGAGAAACCCUACACCUGCACAGAGUGCGGGAAGGGAUUCAGCCAGUACGGUGCAUGCACCAUCCACAAAAGGAUCCACACGGGGGAGAAGCCGUAUCAAUGUGCAGAGUGCGGGAAGACCUUCAGCCGUCGGGGUGCAUGCACUAAACAUCAACGAACCCAUGCGGGUUGCGGAGUGUUGGAAAAGCAUCUCCCUUCUGCCCAAGAAGCCGUUUAGUGGAGAAAUCACACUCCAACAUAUGGACGUUGGAAGCCACUUCACUGUUGACAGCUUUUAGAUUGCACAUUGAAGUAUCUACACUGAUGUUAAUUGUGGGAUGCUGGUACAUGAAGUGAUUUAUAGUUUCCAAAUCAAGACCUCUCUGAACCGUUGCAAGCUGGAUAGCAAGCGAAACACAGCAGAGUCCUUUCACAGCAAAAACAUGCUUCAACCCAUCUAUCGGCAAGAGUCCAACUGCCAGCAUCUGACCUUAUGUACACACUGUUUAGUAAACUCAUGGAUUCAGGUUUUAAUCCAAAAGAUGAGUCUACACUGCCAUAUAAUCCAGUUCAAAGCAGAUAAUCUGGAUUUUAUAUGGACCUAAAGGAUUGAGCGGCGCUCCAUGCAGUCAUGCCAGUGGCCACAUGACCUUGGGGGUGUCUACAGACAACGCUGGCUCUUCGGCUUAGAAAUGGAGAUGAGCACCACACCCCAGAGUCAGACAUGGCUGGACUCAAUGUCAGGGGACUACUUUUACCUUUACCUAAAGGAUUGAGCCUAAGUCUCCCCAGAAGAGAGCUUGUUCUCCCAAGAAACCAUUUGGAAGUGACUUUAUAUGGAAAGAGUUGCAUUGUUUUAAUCAAUUUGUUCCAAAUUCUUCUUAACGCUAUCAGUUGUUUCAUAGCCUCAUGCCUGUUUUUAACUCUUAUGUUUUAAUCUGUACCAGUUUUUAAAAGUGGGUAAAUUCAAA